CUCACUCUUGUGUUUUGUGUAAUGAGUUUCUGUUCUCACUCGAUGUGUUUCAUGCGUUUAUUGUCGUGUUUUCUUCAGUUUGUGUUGUGUGUUUGAGGCCGGCUAGUGUUUCAAUGACGCCAUGAUGUUAUUUUUACUCGAUGAGCUCACGAGCACUUCGUCUGAGAUCUACUAGCGUUACUACUUAUCCGAUCAGUUUUACUAGUAUUAACUUACUAGUCAUCUGCUGUGAGGAUUCAUUUCAACAUGAGCUGGACUCAAACUUUAAUGAUUCAGAAGUUGAUGCUGGAUUUGCAGAGAGACUGUGAUUAAAAGCACCACUAAUAUUGGAUCUGACAAAAAUGACACAGCAGUAUACACAGUGUAUGAGGUCCUCAGUGGCAAGGAGGUGUGUGAGGUGAUCGCAUUGCUGUCAACGAGUAAAACCCCUGCAGUGAUGUAAAAGACCCCAUCCCUCAGCACGUCACAUCACAGAGUCAGGAGACGACCGUGUGUUUCUUUCUCCUUUACGCAUUCCUUUUCUCUUGUCCUCUUUUUUUUUUGUCUGGGCCUCGGGCCGUCCGUGGAACACCACCAGGGUGACAUCAUCAGUUACUGCCACAAUGGGGCCGUUCAUCUCCUGAGGGCCCCCGAGGGCCACAUUAGUUCUCUCUCUGUCGAGGGAAGACGCAGUGAGACAGGAGGAACAGUAAGACAGAGGGGUCAUGAGUUCAGUGCGGCCCAUCGGGGCAGAGGCGCUGGUGGCCCUGCUGGAGGGCGGUUUGGACCGGGUGCUUCUGAUUGACAGCCGCCCGUUUGUGGAAUACAACACGUGUCAUAUCCUGGAGGCUGUGAAUGUCAACUGCUCCAAAUUGAUGAAAAGAAGAUUACAACAAGACAAAAUACAGAUUACUGAACUACUGCAGCAUUCAGCCAAAAGAAAGUUUGAAGUUGAGGAUCAAGAAGUUGUUGUGUAUGAUCAGAGCUCACCCGACCCCGCCUCACUUUCAUCUGAAGCUUUUCUCAGCAUCUUACUGGCCAAACUGGAGAAAUGUUUUACAUCUGUUCAUCUGCUCUCAGGUGGAUUCGGAGAGUUCUCGCAUUUGUUCCCAGGCCUGUGUGAAGGCAAGUCCACGUUGGUUCCAUCCUGCAUUUCUCAGCCGUGUCUCCCUGUCACUAACACCGGACCCACGAGGAUCCUGCCCCACCUGUACCUGGGCUGUCAGAGAGAUGUUCUCAACAAGGAGCUCAUGCAGCAAAAUGACAUCGCUUACGUACUCAACGCUAGUAACACGUGUCCAAAACCUGACUUCAUCGCAGAAUCGCAUUUCUUGCGAGUGCCGGUGAAUGACAGCUUCUGUGAGAAGAUUCUGCCAUGGCUGGACAAAUCAGUGGACUUCAUAGAGAAAGCCAAGGCCAACAACAGAAGAGUUCUGGUUCAUUGCCUGGCUGGAAUCUCUCGCUCGGCCACGAUAGCCAUCGCUUACAUCAUGAAGAGAAUGGACAUGACGUUAGAUGAAGCGUACAGGUUUGUAAAGGAGAAAAGGCCCACCAUCUCACCUAACUUUAAUUUCCUGGGUCAGCUGCUGGACUUUGAGAAGAAGCUCAAGCAUGCGAGUGAAACAGCUGCCAAACUCGAACCGCCGCUGGUGGAUACAUUAGAGGAGCCAAACCGCGGGCGAGGAACGGAGGACGGUGGAGCGCCGGGGCAUGAUGACGUCCCUGAGAGACAUUUACCGACUCGGGCCCUUUGCGGUCUGCAGCUUGGUGAUGAGCCAGAGGAGAACGCCAGGCCCAAGCGCUCUUUCUCGCUGGACAUUAAGUCGUACGGUGAGUCUGGUGCAUCGGUGCGAAAGUUAGCCACGCGUUCUGUUAGCGGUGACAUCACAGAGCUCUACAAACCUGUCUUCAAAGAGUCAGCCAGCAAACCCUGUCAGUUUUCCCCUGUUCAGGAAGUUUCAGAACAAAGUCCAGAGAAGGAACGUGCUGAAGAACGCAACAGCACAGGUGCAGAUAAAACCAAUACCCCGUCCAAACCGCAGUCGGGCUCAGUGAAACUUGGCGCAAAAGCAUCAUGUUCGCAGUCGUUACAUCGCAGCGGCAGCAUGGAUGAAACCCAGACAGAAUUUCCGUCUCGAUCCCAGCAGCACUUGUCCAAAGCCGGGAUGGGCGUGCUGAAGGGCUGGCACUCGGACAUCCUCCUGGGUCCAGUAGCCGGUGGCUGGUACCUCUCCUCUGAAUCUGCCCGGUUCUACUCUGCGUCAGCCAUAUUCAGCGGCACUGCAGGUAAUCCGAACAGCUCGGCUGCGUACGGGUGUGGUCAGGAUUCGGAAGCCGUGCGGAGGCGGGGACGGCAGCGCGGUGGGGACUGCGGAGAUUCCCGCAGGAGCUGGCAUGAGGAGAGCAGCUUUGAGAAACAGCUGAAGCGCAGGAGCUGCCAGAUGGAGUUUGGAGAUGGGAUGUCAGAGAAUCGCUCGAGAGAGGAGAUCGGAAAAACAGGCAGUCAGUCCAGCUUCUCCGGUAGCUUGGAAAUCAUUGAGGUCUCCUGAGAUCUGUAUUGGUUUAGACUGUGAUCGGAGCACACAAUUUUCCUCACAGUGUUUGUAGAUGAAAACUGCAGCUCGAACGCAUCAUUGAAUGUUACUUGCAUUUGUUUGGAUGAGAUCUGUGUCGUUGUUUCGACUGAAAACUGAGUGUUCUCAAAAAUCUGAACCAGACUGACAGAGGCUCAGUGCGCAAACAACAUCGUACAGAUGCAUUUAUGAUCUGAAGUCUCUCUUUCUCUUCAAACACACGCAUGCACAACAUGACAACUAUCUAGUACCUCAAAUAUUCAAAAUUAAGGCUUCUUCUUUUGACUUUUCACAUUGAUAUGUAGCUCCUUGACAAUUGUGAUCUCAGGUCUUUAUUUUCAGCAGGAAUCUGUGUUUUUUUGUGGUUUGUCCUGGUAGUCUGUUGUGAUGGUUCACAGUAUCAGUGGAGAUUAUGAAUGACGUCUGCUGGUCAACAAUAACGGCAAACACACAAAUCUUGAUUAUUUUCGUGUAUGUAAGGGCUGAUGACAGGUCAUCUCAACAUCAGAGCUGGAGUUAUUGGCUGUCAGGAGUUAAAGAUUACCUCUGUUAAAAUCUGUUCACAACUCUCUCCCAGUGUGCGGGCAUCACAACACAACACUUAAACCAUCUUAACUUUGACACAUUUUGCUGUUGAUCUUUUUAAAGGAGCCCGGUGAUUUCUAGAAACUGCAGUGACCACGACAAUAUGAGAUCACAGCUGGGGUGUAACGAUAAAUCGUGUAAUUUGCUUGCUGUUCUUCUCAAUAAAUUAUGGUGAAAUGCCGCUACAUACAAAACCCAAAGGAUGCUCUCGUGUAGAAACUCAAUAUGCGCCGCAGAAGAAGUACAGGUGCAGCUCCAGGAAAUGCAUAUAGGCAUAUUUAUAUUGCUGUUCUUCGAACCUCUUCAGGUAUUUUCAUGAUAAUAAAGAAUAUGUAUAAUGAUAAUGUUUGACAAGUGUUGCUUUUUUGAAAUGCAAGUUAUAAAUGACUCAAACUAACAAUGAUUUUAGAUUAAUAAGGACUUCCUAUUGAUCAAAGAGCCAUGAUACAUGAAAGAGCUGUGCAUAAUAUCACCUUUGCCUUUCAGAAUCAAUAUUAGACAGGUUUUGUUAGUGCACGUGUCGCGAUUUAUCGUUACACUCCUACAUCACAAUAAUUAUAUGUUAGCUGCUUUAGUUUACAUGUAUACUGGACAGACGUUUGUUCCUGAUUUUCUUUCACCAUAAUAAUACAUCUUUGUUCCUGUAAUGUAACAUUAUACAACCCGAAUUCCAGAAAAGUUUUUUUAACUUUAAUAAAAUGAUAACUAAAAGAAUUUCAAAUCACAUGAGCCAAUAUUUUAUUCACAAUAGAACAUAGAAAACAUAGCAAAUGUUUAAACUGAGAAAUUUUACAAUUGUAUGCACAAAAUGAGCUAAUUUCAAAUUUGAUUUCUGCUACAGGUCUCAAAAUAGUUGGGACAGGGCAUGUUUACCAUGGUGUAGCAUCUCCUUUUCUUUUCAAAACAGUUUGAAGACGUCUGGGUAUUGAGGCUAUGAGUUGCUGGAGUUUUGGUGUUGGAAUUUGGUCCCAUUCUUGCCUUAUGUAGAUUUCCAGCUGCUGAAGAGUUUGUGGUCGUCUUUGACGUAUUUUUCGUUUAAUGAUGCGCCAAAUGUUCUCUAUAGGUGAAAGCAGGCAGGCCAGUUCAGCACUCGGACUCUUCUAUGACGAAGCCAUGCUGUUGUAAUAGCUGCAGUAUGUGGUUUUGCAUUGUCCUGCUGAAAUAUACAAGGCCUUACCUGAAAUAGAUGUCGUUUGGAGGGCAGCAUAUGUUGCUCUAAAACCUUUAUUUACCUUUAAGCAUUCACACAGCCUUCCAAAACAUGCAAGUUGCCCAUACUGUAUGCACUUAUGCACCAUCAUACCAUCAGGCUUUUGAACUGAACGCUGAUAACAUGCUGGAAGGUCUCCCUCCUCUUUAGCCCGGAGAACACGGCGUCCGUGAUUUCCAACAAGAAUGUCAAAUUUGGACUCAUCUGACCAAAAAACACUAUUCCAUUUUGAAAUAGUACAUUUUAAAUGGGCCUUGGCCCACAGGACACGACGGCGCUUCUGGACCAUGUUCACAUAUGGCUUCCUUUUUGCAUGAUAGAGCUUUAGUUGGCGUCUGCUGAUGGCACGGCGGAUUGUGUUUAUCGACAGUGGUUUCUGGAAGUAUUCCUGGGCCCAUUUAGUAAUGUCAUUGAUACAAUCAUGCCAAUGAGUGAUGCAGUGUCGUCUGAGGGCCCGAAAACCACAGGCAUCCAAUAAAGGUCUCCGGCCUUGUCCCUUACGCACAGAGAUUUCUCCAGUUUCUCUGAAUUUUUUGAUGAUGUUAUGCACUGCAGAUGAUGUGAUUUGCAAAGCCUUUGCAAUUUGACGUUGAGGAACAUUGUUUUUAAAGUAUUCCACAAUCUUUUUACGCAGUCUUUCACAGAUUGAAGAGCCUCUGCCCAUCUUUACUUCUGAGAGAUUCUGCUUCUCUAAGACAUACCUUUUAUAGCUAAUCAUGUUACAGACUUAAUAUCAAUUACUUUGAUGUUCUCACAGCUGAAUCUUUUCAAAACUGCCUGCUUUUUUAGCCAUUUGUUGCCCCCGUGCCAACUUUUUGGAGACCUGUAGCAGGCAUUACAUUUUAAAUGAGCUAAUGAAGUGGAUAAAAAUGUAAAGUUUCUCAGUUUAAACAUUUGCUAUGUUUUCUAUGUUCUAUUGUGAAUAAAAUAUUGGCUCAUGUGAUUUGAAAUUCCUUUAGUUUUUAUUUUAUUCGCAUUUAAAAAACGUCCCAACUUUUCCGGAAUUCGGGUUGUAAUACAUUUUGUUUACAAAACACGCCCAGAUUUUGGGAAUUGAGCUUAUUCACCGUAUCCCCCAGAGUUAGAUAAGUCCAUACAUACCUUUCUCCACUCUGUGCA